ACUGUACUUAUGUAUAUGUUAAGAGGACAGGUUAAAGUCCUCUUCAGACAAGUCAGACAAGUUGUUGAUUACCCAGCAUAAAUUCGUCUGCUAAAAUUCACCCUCAGUUAAUUUUUUAUUUAUUUAAAAAUUAUUUAAUCACCUGUUGAUAAGUAUUAUCCUUAAUAAAAUAGUAUAACAAUGAGUGUAAAUAUGAUUGCUAAUACUGGAAAACUUGCAGGUCGAACAAUAUUUAUCACCGGAGCUUCGAGAGGAAUUGGAAAAAGUAUUGCCCUAAAAGCAGCUAAAGAUGGAGCAAAUAUUGUUAUUGUUGCUAAAACUGCUGACCCUCAUCCAAAAUUACCUGGAACUAUUUAUACCACAGCAAAAGAAGUUGAAGAUGUUGGGGGUAAAGCCCUUCCCUGCACGGUAGACGUACGGGAUGAAAGCCAAGUAAAUGCUGCUGUAUCAGAAGCAGUUAAAAAGUUCGGAGGCAUUGACGUAGUUGUAAAUAAUGCUAGUGCGAUAUCAUUAACUGGUACUUUAGCGACAGACAUGAAGAAAUAUGAUUUGAUGCAUAAUAUAAAUUCUCGUGGUACUUUUCUUGUAUCUAAAGCAUGCCUGCCAUAUUUGAAAAAAAGCUCAAAUCCUCAUAUUGUCAACAUCAGCCCUCCACUCAGCAUGAAACCUAAGUGGUUUGCAACCAAUCUUGCCUAUACAAUGGCAAAAUACGGAAUGUCAAUGUGUGCCUUAGGAAUGGCAGAAGAAUUUAAAGCUGAUGGAAUAGCAGUCAAUGCUCUUUGGCCUAAAACUGCAAUUCACACAGCAGCAAUUGAGAUGCUGACAGGUCCAGACAGCAGUAAUUGGAGCCGUAAACCAGAAAUAAUGGCUGACGCGACCUAUGCAUUAAUUUGUAAGGAUAGUAAAUCAGUCACAGGACGUUUUCUGAUCGAUGAAUUAGUGCUGAAAGAAGAAGGAGUUACAGAUUUUACUAAUUAUGCGUGUAAUCCAGAGAACAAAGACUCUUUAAUGCUAGAUUUCUUUUUGGAUGAAGAAGACUUUGGUGGUUCUAAUAAUUUUGCUUUUGAUCCAACAAAAAUGAGCCAAGCGGAAGGAGCUAAAAAAGCUCAACAAGUUGAAGAUGGCAAUCGAUUAGAUAAGAUUUUUUCUGCUAUUAAAGCCAAUAUAACACCAGAGCUCGUGAAAAAGACUAGUGCCGUGUAUCAAUUUAAUAUCACAGGUGAGAAACCAGAUACAUGGUUUUUAGAUUUGAAAAGUGGCAAUGGAACACUAGAGAAAGGCACACCAGCACAACCAGCUGAUGCUAUUCUCACGAUGGAAUACAACAACUUUUUUGACAUGUUCACUGGCAAACUGAAGCCUGCAUCAGCAUUCAUGAUGGGCAAGUUAAAAAUUGAUGGAAAUUUGCAAACAGCUAUGAAGCUAGAAGCAUUGAUGCAUAGAUUGAAAUCCAAAUUGUAAAUACUAUAAUUAUUUUAUAUCAAUAUUUUUUGAAUUUUUUAUAAAAUACACUAUUUUUUACAUUU